GUUGAUCAUAAAAGAUCGAAUUCGAAGCUGCUCUCUUUGGGUUCAAAAAGGAAAUACCCAGGCUCACGUUAUCAGUCCAUACCCACUACCCGCUUACAUUAGCACCGAGCCCUCUUAUCAAAUCGCAAUGCCAGCCCUUAGCUUCUUAUCCUGCGCACCUCCUCCGCCUUCUUCUCCAACAGGCUUAGGGUUUCUUUUUCUCUCUCUCUACUCCCAAAUAAAAUUCAUCCUUGUCUUCACAACCCUACGGUUUCACUUUCCUUCUUGUUCUUCUUCAGACUGCCGCUUUCGAACACCCUAUGGACUCCGAUCGCCAUAUCAAGAACUCGUAUAACUAUUCGAAUCUCUUCAAUCUUGAGUCUCUGACGAAAUUUCAACUACCUCAAGGUGAUGAGUUUGAUUAUUAUGCCAAUAGUAGUCAGGGUGAGAGCAGAGGUAGCCGAGGUGGACCAAUGACUGACAGAAGUAACGGAAUGAUGUUGGAAAAGAGAAAGAGGCGAAACACAUACAGCAGUGAUGAAGACCAUGAAGGCAGUUAUGACACAUACUUCUCUGAAGAGCAAUAUAGGGCAAUGCUUGGGGAGCAUGUUCAUAAGUACAAAAGAAGGCAUAAAAGCAAUAACUUGCCAGCUUCUGCUUCCACCCGAAAUGGAAUGUCUGGCAUGGAGAUUAUUAGUCAUGGAUCAAAGGACCAUAAAUCAUUGAAUGGGCGCUCAAGAGGGGGUCACAAAGAAGCAGGUUUUGCUGCAGAAUAUAACAUGGAGAGGUCAAUUUCUGAACCUGGUUAUUUGGAUAUUGGGGAUGGAAUCACUUACAAGAUUCCUCCAACAUAUGAAACAUUGGCUACCUCAUUAAACUUGCCUAGAACUUCAGAGAUUCGAGUGGAGGAGUUUUAUCUCACAGGUACCCUUGAUUUGGGGUCCUUAGCUUCAAUGAUGUCUGCAGACAAAAGACUUGGCCCCAAAAGUGGAUCAGGGAUGGGUGAGCCUAGGUCCCAAUAUGAGUCUCUUUGGGCAAGAUUAAGUUCCCAAACUUUAAACAACUCCCCUCUGAAGUUCAGUCUUAAAGUAAGUGAUGCUGCAUUAGAUUCAUAUUCUGCUCCUGAGGGAGCAGCUGGUGGUUUUAGGCGUUCUAUCAUGUCAGAAAGUGGAGUGCUACAGGUGCAUUAUGUGAAGGUCUUAGAGAAAGGUGACACGUAUGAGAUUAUUGAACGUAGUCUACCCAAGAAACAAAAGGAGAAGAAAGAUCCAUCAAUGAUUGAGAAAGAGGAGAUGGAUAGAGUUGAUAAAUAUUGGGUGAACAUGGUCAGAAAAGAGAUACCAAAACAUCAUAGGUUUUUCAUCAACUUUCAUAGAAAACAAUUAACCGAUGCAAAGAGGUUUUCUGAGACAUGUCAAAGAGAGGUAAAAAUGAAAGUGAGCAGAUCACUUAAGUUGAUGAGGGGUGCUUCAAUUCGCACAAGGAAACUUGCUAGGGAUAUGUUGGUGUUUUGGAAGAGAGUGGAUAAAGAAAUGGCUGAGGUGAGGAAAAGAGAAGAAAAAGAAGCUGCUGAAGCAUUGAAACGUGAACAGGAGCUUCGUGAAGCCAAAAGGCAACAACAGAGGCUAGAUUUCUUGUUAUCCCAAACAGAACUCUAUGGCCACUUCAUGCAAAACAAGCCAACUUCUCAGCCACCUACUGAAGGGGACAAAGUUAAUGAAUCAGAAGUUGGUGAAAAAGAAGAAGAUCCUGAAGAGGCUGAAAUGAAAUCAGAAGCUUUGAAAGCAGCACAAGAUGCAGUCUCCAAACAGAAAAUGAUCACAAGUGCAUUCGAUGAUGAAAUUUUGAAGUUGCGUCAAGCUUCAGGCACUCAAGACCCUGAACAACAAGAUUCAGUUGCUGGAUCUAGCAACAUAGAUUUGUUGCAUCCAUCAACUAUGCCAGUAGCAUCAUCAGUACAAACACCAGAGUUGUUUAAAGGUUCUUUAAAAGAGUAUCAGCUUAAAGGUCUCCAGUGGCUUGUGAAUUGUUAUGAGCAGGGUCUGAAUGGUAUUCUUGCUGAUGAGAUGGGACUUGGAAAGACCAUCCAAGCAAUGGCUUUCUUGGCUCAUUUGGCUGAAGAGAAGAAUAUAUGGGGGCCAUUUCUGGUUGUUGCUCCUACUUCUGUUUUGAACAACUGGGCUGAUGAAAUUGGACGAUUUUGCCCUGACUUAAAAACACUUCCUUAUUGGGGAGGUAUUCAAGAAAGAACAGUACUUAGGAAAAACAUCAAUCCAAAGCGUCUUUAUCGUAGGGAUGCUGGAUUUCACAUUCUCAUUACAAGCUACCAACUUCUAGUAUCAGAUGAGAAGUAUUUCAGGCGUGUGAAGUGGCAAUACAUGGUAUUGGAUGAAGCUCAGGCUAUCAAAAGUGCAACCAGUAUAAGAUGGAAGACACUACUCAGUUUUAAUUGUCGGAAUCGCCUGCUUCUAACCGGAACACCUAUUCAGAACAACAUGGCUGAGUUGUGGGCCCUUCUUCAUUUCAUCAUGCCUACUCUAUUUGAUAGCCAUGAACAAUUUAACGAGUGGUUUUCUAAAGGUAUUGAAAACCAUGCAGAACAUGGUGGGACUUUAAAUGAGCACCAACUUAGCAGAUUGCAUGCAAUUUUGAAGCCUUUUAUGUUGCGGCGAGUUAAGAAGGAUGUGGUAUCCGAGUUGACUCGGAAGACUGAAGUUACAGUCCAUUGCAAACUGAGUUCACGACAACAAGCUUUUUACCAAGCUAUAAAGAACAAGAUAUCACUUGCUGAGUUGUUUGAUAGUAAUCGGGGGCAACUCAAUGAGAAAAAGUUCAUGAACUUAAUGAACAUUGUCAUCCAAUUGAGAAAGGUUUGCAAUCAUCCUGAAUUAUUUGAGAGAAAUGAAGGAACUUCAUAUCUCUAUUUUGGAGAUAUCCCAAAUCAGCUUCUUCCACCUCCAUUUGGGGAACUGGAGGACAUAUACUAUGCUGGUAGUAAGAAUCCUAUUACAUACAAGGUACCAAAAUUAAUAUACCAAGAAGUGGUGCGAAAUUCAGAUAUCUUUUUAUUAAGAGGAAAGCAUGGCAUCAAUAGAGAAUCUUUUGAGAAACAUUUUAACAUAUUCUCCCCGCUACACAUUCACCAAUCCAUAUUUGAGCAACAAGACAAAAAUGCCCCUUGUAACGGAUCAUUUGGAUUCACUCGAUUGAUUGACAUGUCACCAUCAGAAACGGCUUUCAUAUCAAAUGCUACUUUGAUGGAGAGGUUAUUGUUUUCUAUCGCAAGAUGGGAUUGGUGCUUUUCAGAUGAGAUAAUGGAUGAUGAUGAUGAUGAUGUUGAGUACAAUAGUAUUGAAAAGGGAAAAGUAAGGGCAGUUACAAGAAUGCUAUUAAUGCCAUCAAAGUCAGAAAGAAAUGUUCUUAAGAGAAGACUUGCAACGGGACCCACAGAUGAUCCUUUUGAGGCGUUGGUAAUCUCACAUCAAGAUAGACUUGUAUCCAAUGUUCGCCUUCUUCAUUCAGCCUUUUCCUUCAUUCCACAGAUAAGGGCACCUCCUAUUGAUGCGGAGUGUCCAGAUAGAGAUUUUGCUUACAGAAAAGCUGAGGAAUUACAUAAUCCAUGGAUUAAGAGGCUGUUGCUUGGAUUUGCACGGACGUCUGAAUCAAAUGGACCUAAUAAGCCAAAUGAUGGUGCUAUUCACCAUUUGAUACAAGAAAUCGACAGUGAACUACCUGUUGUACAGCCUGCUCUUGAGCUUACUCACAAGAUCUUUGGUUCUUGUCCACCUAUGCAAAGUUUUGAUCCAGCCAAGAUGCUCACAGACUCAGGGAAGCUUCAAACACUUGAUAUACUGUUGAAGCGGUUGCGUGCAGGAAAUCAUCGUGUUCUCCUGUUUGCUCAAAUGACCAAGAUGUUGAAUAUCAUCGAGGACUACAUGAACUACAGGAAGUACAGAUAUUUAAGGCUUGAUGGAUCCUCUACCAUAAUGGAUCGUCGGGACAUGGUCAAAGACUUCCAGCUACGGAAUGAUAUCUUUGUAUUCUUGUUGAGUACAAGAGCUGGUGGGGUGGGGAUCAAUCUGACAGCGGCCGACACAGUUAUUUUCUAUGAAAGUGAUUGGAAUCCAACUCUUGAUUUACAAGCCAUGGACAGGGCUCAUCGCUUGGGUCAAACCAAAGAUGUUACAGUGUACAGGUUGAUAUGCAAAGAAACGGUUGAAGAAAAGAUUUUGCACAGAGCGAGCCAGAAAAGUACAGUUCAGCAACUUGUGAUGACUGGUGGUCACAUACAGGGUGACAUUUUAGCCCCUGAAGACGUUAUUUCUUUACUCAUUGAUGAUGCACAGAUGGAGCAGAAGCUUAAGGAAAUUCCAGCUCAGGUUAAAGAUCGACAAAGGAGAAAGGGUGGGACGAAAGCUAUAAGGAUAGAUGAAGAAGGUGAUGCACGCCUGGAAGACAUUACGGAUCCUGAACCUCCAUCAGAUCCGUUCAACACCUCUCCUUCCGAGAAACCAAGCUCGUCUAAAAAGUUGCAGAGAAAAGGUAAUACAGAGAAAGGGCCUGCAAAAGCAAGGGGGGCUCAAAAAGGUUCAAAAAACCCAAAUUCAACAACGGAGGACGUUCAGCGCCAGAAACCCAAGAGACCAACAAAGAGUGUAAAUGAGAAUCUUGAACCCGCAUUUACAGCUGUGUCUCAAGAUUAGAAAAAUUCCAUUCCAUAUUUAUAUAAAUGCACCACUCCUUGCUUUUAAAGCUCCAGAAUAUAAGGUAUAAAAAUUAAAAACAAACAUCAUCCUCAAGUCAUGUCAGAAAAACAACAUAACAAAUUUGUCCACUGGACCAAGACUGUGUCCCACAAUGCCAGUUUGUAUCAAUCUUUUGCGUAACAUACAAUUGGCACAGAUUUUGAAAAUAAUCUCAUUCAUAUCUAA